AUGCUUUCAUUCACGGCACCCAGCAUUUAUCACUCGCCGAAAUGCUUCGUUACGUACGGCACGAUGGGUCACCCGGAUCCUAAACAGCUGCCGGCAAAGGGGAAGCCAUGGUCCUCCUUCCUCGCACAAGACUUUGUGGAUCUCGUGCUGCCGCAGGGCGUGGCAGAGGCUGUGAAAGACAGGCUUGAGGCAGCACAGCUGUUGACGCCUACGUACCACCGCGUGAUUAUGAAGCUUGGUCAGGUUUUAGAGGGCGACUUCUUUACGGAGUACAUUAAGCUUGGAAACGUGAUCAUGUUGUCGGCCGGCAGGUUGGACGCGGAUGAUGUGUUCACACUCAAAGAUGGCACACUAUCACUAUAUCUCGCCAAGGAGACGUAUGAGCGAGCCGGACUCAUUGGCAAACCAUACGGCGUUAAAGGCAAACGGGGCAUCAAGCCCAGAUGGAUCGUGGAAUACGACCUCAGGCAUCCCUCGAUGCUUCACGGCAAGAAGGGUUUCGAGAGGCUUCUUUCAGCUUGCCACAAUGUACUCAACAAGCCAGUCACCUGGCUCUUCCGCAAUAUUUCCGAAGUUCCGUCAUCCGACCCUCUUCAAAAGCACUUUCCGGUCAAGUACACAUCCGCGCCGGGCCUUUCCAAGGAUCUCAGGACAUUGACACCAAGAUUGGCGAUGCCACACACAGCCCUCAAUGACCUUGGGCAUCUCGAAUUCGAUGAAUACAGCGUCGACAUAUAUGAGUGGCUGUCUUUGAUACGUCUUCAGAGUCCCCGCGUGGCUGCAGGUGACAAUGUAGAUCAGUACAUCUCAACAUACACGCCCCCGGGUCAUGUCGAGGAGAUUCGCGAAGAGGCCUUGUGCAAGCUGACCUGGGAGGGAUUCAUGCCUUCGUCGUGGACGCAGCGCUUGCUGGCUGAGAUUGUUCUUGCUGUGACGCCCAAGCAGUGGUUCGCCCUCAGUACUACGGCCUUCGCCAAAGGCACCAUCGGUGAAGCAUCGGAAUGUACGCUCAUGCGACCGCCGAAUGCUCCUGGGGAGUACUUUCUCUGGGAUAUCCACGGACAUUCCUGA